UAAAACCGCCACCUCUCUCGACUAGUCAGCCUCAAUCGAUCUCUCUGAUAUUUUCGAUCGCUUUCACUUUCCCACAAACCAAACACUUUUUACAUCAUUUUUUUUUUUCAAAUACUGUCCUCUUUUGGCUCGUUAUUGUAAACCCAUCUGAUAUCAUUCCAUUGGAUUAACAGAAUGGAUGCAACUGUUGUUCUCCACCAAUCCGUUGGGGGUAUUCAACUCUGUGGAUGUGAUAGUAGUUCUGGGUCUGUUAAGAUAUUAGGGAAUUCCUCUUUGAGAUCUAUCUCAAAGUGUUUUGCAGACGACACUGGUUUUUUCAGAAGAGGAUAUUGUAACUUUAAACCCUAUAGAUUACAUAUAACUCGAGCUUCAACUCCUCAUACUUCAUGGGCAGAUCAGGCUGCGAUAUCUACCUCACCUAAUACCACCAACAAUACAAGGAGAACCCCAGGUGAAGCUGCUCUGAUAUUGAUUCGACAUGGUGAAUCCUUAUGGAAUGAGAAGAACUUGUUUACUGGUUGUGUUGAUGUACCCUUGACAAAGAAAGGUGUUGAUGAAGCAAUCGAAGCUGGGAAAAGAAUUAGCAACAUACCAGUAGAUGUAAUAUACACCUCCUCACUUAUUCGUGCUCAGAUGACAGCUAUGCUUGCCAUGACUCAACACAGUCGCAAAAAGGUGCCAAUCAUCAUCCAUAAAGAGAGUGAGCAGGCAGAAGCUUGGACUCAAAUUUACAGUGAAGACACCAAGAAGCAAUCAAUUCCUGUUAUAACGUCCUGGCAAUUGAACGAAAGAAUGUAUGGAGAACUACAGGGUCUUAAUAAGCAGGAGACAGCUGAAAGAUAUGGUAAGGAAAAGGUACACGAGUGGCGUAGAAGUUUCGAUAUUCCUCCCCCGAGUGGUGAGAGCUUGGAAAUGUGUUCAGAAAGAGCUGUUGCCUAUUUUAGAGAACAUGUUGAACCCCAUCUCCAAUUAGGAAAGCACGUGAUGGUUGCUGCUCACGGGAACUCAUUGAGGUCUAUAAUUAUGUAUCUUGACAAAUUAACUACUCAGGAGGUUAUUAGCUUAGAGCUAUCAACUGGGAUCCCACUUCUUUAUAUUUACAAGGAUGGGACAUUUAUGAAGAGGGGAAGUCCUGUGGGACCAACCGAAGCUGGAGUAUAUGCUUAUACUAACAAUCUAGCUCGUUACAGGCAAGAAUUGGAUGAAAUAGUGCAUUAAACUAUUCAUAGAAACAGACAAUCAAUGUUAACUUUGGGUAGGGAAGGUUCUUCAAACACAAUGGACAUAGCAUUACUGAAGAAUUUUUUGUAGGAAUAAUUCAAGAAGGCUAUAGGGUUCAUAUAUGCAGAAGUUAACUGAAAACUCUUGUGGAACAAUAGCAAGUCUUAAGAGUAGAGUCUACAGAAGUUUCUGCAUCAUUACCUUACAUUGCUGAAAAUCGUGUUAGAAGCCUGGUAAUAAUGUUUAAGAGUCUUAAUGAGUAGAUUGUGGUAGCUAUAUAUGUUUUCCAAUUUCCAAAAAUGGUAGGAAAUAUCAUUAGAAGUCAAUAUAUGAUGAAUUUGAAUCAUUUUCUCAUUUGUUUGUGAUGUGGGCAUGAAAGCCUAUGAAAAAGUUUGCCAGACUUGGAUGAAAAUGGUCUUUUAUGCUUGUAGCUUUCUUGAUUGCAUUUACUGAUUAAAUUGACCUCUUUCGAUGCUUUCUUUUGCAUCUUUGCACUAUUGUUGUAAUAUGACCUAAAAUUAAUAAUAUUUGUGUGGUGAAGAUCGAGUCUUA